AUGAACAGCGAAAGUAUGACCGAAGAUUUGAACACCAAUCUCAAUGUUCUUCAACAAGCAUCAAGUAUUUUGGAUGAGGAAUUGGAAGAAUUAGGGGAUGGUCCCUUUGGAAAACUGUCGUUGGAACAAUUAGCAAAGACCUCAGAUCCUUCUCUAUUCCUAAUGAUGGAUGGUUUAAAUUCGGGAUUUUCUUCCUUUGUACCAACACCACGAGAGGUUGUAAAUUCUACUUCUGAAACGGAGGAGGAAGCACAACAGUUGGAACGAGGGCAAUUAUUCGAUAAAACUAUUCCAUUGAAAGAAGAGAAUGAAACGAAUUUUCAUCCCUUAUUAUUGCAAGAUACUGAAUUGUUUACAAGAUAUGUGACUCCGAGUGGAAAUGUCAUUGAGAGAAUUGGAUCUGAAUCUAUACAGAUCAAUCAUAACAAGAUUAUUCAGUUUCCGAACAAUUCCUUUGGAAACAACAACGAGCUCAAUAAUACAAAUAUUGAACACAAUAGUCAAGAAUUAACUGAAUAUAAGGUAACAAUGAAAAGCCCUCAAGACGAAAGCUCAAUGAUUGUUGAUGAAGCAAGUUUAAUACCUACAUUUACAGAGAGAAAAUCUGUGGCUCAUAAUAUUCGUCUUUUAGCUGCCUCUAAAUUAUUGAAUGAAAUUCCCGAUGAAGAAGAAGAGUGCAGUGAUGAAUGGCUUGUAUCUCCUCGAUCAAAACCCAUCGAACAUUCAACUGCAUCGUUGAAUACAACAUCUGUACCAAUAACUGCAAUCAAUUUGAAACAGCCACAGACAGCGACUCAACAACAUGGUUCCCACCAUCAGAUCAAGACUACAUUAACGAUGCAUGAUCAAGACAUGAAAAAGAAUGAAACCAACAACAAUAUCAAAUCCAAUCAGCACCAUCACGACAAUGUGUCUACGGAAAGUUUCUCAUCGUCGUCUUCAGAAAUUUCAUCAUCCAUUAGCGAGGAUGAGAAUGAUGAGGAAUUUCAUGUCGAUGAUACUUUAUCUGAUAAGGGGCUUUCCACACGAAAAACCAAUGAUGCAAAAGCCAGCAAGUACAAGACCAUCUCGUCUCUUCCUUCAACAAGCUCAGGAAGUUUGGCUUCAAAACUUCAAAACUCCAACAAUACAACUCCAAAAAACACUCUUGCCACAACUCGAAAGACACAACAAAAGGCCAGUGACUCUGCCUCCUCCUCUAAAAGUUUUAGGGAAGCUACUGGCUAUAAACCUCAAUUUUUUAACCCUCCAGAUGAGGUGAAAUGUAAGGAACCCUCUGAACAAAAGAAGCAGCAAUGGGAUAAGAAAAAGUCAACUCACGUAACGAAUUCGAGUCAUGCAUCAUCAGCAAAAAAGCCGUCUGUGAGAGACAUUCCAAACUCCACAAUCUAUCCACCGCCUCAACCUCACACUUCACCCAAACGACCAAGUAUGAAUCGGUCAUUGAUUGAGCCACCCUCAAAGAGUGCCACUACCGAGAAAACAACAUUAUCUUCUCAUGCAUCGAAUGGAACGACACAGCAGAAAAAACUCGCACUCAACACCUCCAGCCAUGCUGGAAAUAAUCAACAUGCCGAAGUUGCAACCUCUUCAAAGAAGGAAAGCAAUAUUCCAAAACCAUCCUCAAGAGCAACCACACCAACCUUUUCAUACGUUUCGCAAUCUGUAGAAUUGAAUCACAUGUAUGAAGAGCCAUUGGAGGCCUUAGAGGCGUCACAUUAUGGAGUUGACACGAAUAGUGAAAAUUCCUUUGAUGAAAGUCAUGACGAAUUUGAGCUCGACGAAUUAACAGCCUGCAGUGUCUCUGAUGUUGUAAAUUCCAAAAGCUGGAAGCUCAUGCGAUGGCGUAGAGACAAUUUGAGAGAAAAGAAUUUCUCUUCGUCGUUGAAGAAGUUAACAGCCAAUCGAAACAGCCAACAACAAGAGGAGCUUUCCAAAAUACCUCAACAGCUACUGCAAAAAGAUCAAAAUUACGAAUCGUGUGUGAUUGCUAGAGAUAUUACCAAUGAAAUUAUUGACUGUACAGUUCAAAAAGUGACGGCUCAGAAGAGCCAAUUCAUCCAUCUCCCAGAAGUGACAGUUUCUCUUUUCGGUAGUAUUGUGCUUUCAAAAACAGUGGAGGAAAUGCUGACACAUGCAUUGCUGUCUUCGCCGAGCUCUCACCAGCAUGUUGCCAAGGUUUCAAUAUCCAUCUUUUCAAGUGUUUCAGGAAAAAUACCAGACUAUGUUGAGAACAAUAUUCCUUGUUUUAUUGAGCUUUUUAAACCUGCAAAUCUCAACAACAUCAAAGCGUACUAUAGUACAUUUGUUAACAUACCUAACAAUAUUUCGAGCUUGGUGGGCCGCAACACCAAUCAGCUGAUAGGAACUUUUUACUACGAUAUUGAUCUACUGGCCCAAGAGGUGAAAAUUAAUUUAACCAACAAGUCGUGCUAUCAAUGGAAAGAUGCUAGCACAAUAUAUUUUCCUUUCGAGAAGAGUGAAAAAUUCGAGGGAGACUCGUCUUCGUUGAAUGCUUCACUGAUGACCUUUUUCAAGCUCAAGCGUGGGGAUACGAAAACUGACAGCUCUGAGAUUCCAUACAUUUUGAAUGCCAAGAAGAACAUCUCUAAGGUGGCUCAAUCAAAACGGUCUGUUGGUGAAAGCAAUAUUUAUGCCGUCAACUUGAAUUCCUCAGAAUCCAUGAUAGAAUCUCCUCUUCCAGUGAACAAGUCCUUAUAUAACACAACACUACAUAGCGAGGAUAUUCAGCUCUCUCCAGUUUUUAUGCCAACUUCACCAGUACAGCCACAUCACCAAAUCGGUCAAAGGAAAGCAGGAGCGACAAGCAAUGCAGGUGAGAGAAAUCCAAAAUGUUGUUUCAUGUAA